ACAGUUAAUGUAACCCUAAAUAUUUGCAUUUAUUUAUUUUAUUAUAUUAUUCUGAUUGUAUUGAUUUGGUAUAAGUAGAUUUGGUAUUGAUAAAUAAUAUAAAAGAAAAAUGCAACCUCCAUAUAGGAAGGAAAAGUUCUAUACUUACAGCAAAACUUUUAGAUAAACUGACGUUAUUUGUCAGAAACAAUUUGUCAACAUAACCUGUAAAAAGUAAACAAUUCAAUGCAUUUAGAUAUUAUGGGAUAAAUUUUAUAAGCAUAAUAAUAAUGAUUGGCAAGCAAAAUGCAACUCAAGAUCGUUCAAGGAGCCACUCGGAGCGGCGAACGAUCCCGAUCGACCUGGAGGAUCUGCCGCCGCCCGGCGACAGCAAGCCCGACCUCCUGGGGCUCUACCAACGUCGGGCCUCGGCCGGCCUCCACCGCGUCGGGGUGCCCAUCGAAGAGUUAAACCAGGCGUCCGGAGCGCUGGUGCAAGCCCUGGAGCUCCGGAAGCGUUACAUGGCGCAGAGCUACCAGUCCUUCUCACACGAGGUGGCUCAGCUUCUAGACGAGAGCAGUCUCACGACGCGUCGCUCGUCCAUGGACGAGGAAGACGCGAUGAAGAGCCAUCGAGCUACCGAAGCGGAAGUGGAGCAGUAUCUGAGCUUGCACGUGGUCUCGUCCGAGAUCCUGAACAACCAGUACUCGGCGCUCCACACCCGCCGCCAGUCCGAGUCUUCCCUCUUUAAGUCUAAUUUAACCGGUCCAGCGGAACAAGUCAUGAGCAGAGCAGGAGGUGUCCGAGUGUCUGAUGUCGAUAGCCAGCUAGACCUACCAAGUGCAAUGUCUUGUAAACCGAAUGACCCGUGGGAGUGUGCGACGCCUCCGAGCCGGCACUAUGCGUACCGCUGGCUGGAGGGGCAGGUGCGCCUCUACCGGACCGAGGCCGACGCCAACACCGACCGCCCCUUGGCCUACAACUACCCUUCCUUCCAGCAGUUCGUCGAUGAUAUGAACGCGCUGAAUGACAUGAUUAGAGACGGACCACUGACGUCGUUCUGCUACCGGCGCCUGCAGUUCCUGUCGGCCAAGUUCAAGAUGCACGUGCUGCUGAAUGAACUCCACGAGCAAGCGCUGCAAAAGGCUGUGCCACAUCGGGACUUUUACAACAUCAAGAAAGUAGACGUGCACAUCCACGCGGCAUCAUGCAUGAACCAAAAGCACCUGCUCCGCUUCAUAAAACGUACACUCCGGGAAAACCCUGACAAGGUUGUGACCAUGGACAAGGGGCAGCCCAUGACAUUAAAGGCUGUGUUCGAGAGCAUUCAGGUGGACGCGUAUGACCUGAAUGUGGAUAUAUUAGACGUUCAUGCGGACCGCAACACGUUCCAUAGAUUCGACAAGUUCAACGCUAAAUACAACCCGGUGGGCGAGUCACGGUUGCGCGAGGUAUUCCUCAAAACCGACAACUACCAGAAUGGCUUCUUCUUUUCCAAGAUUAUGAAGGAGGUAAUGACAGAUAUAGAAGACAGUAAAUACACGUACAUAGAGCCUCGCAUCUCCAUCUACUGCAAGAACAAGAUGGAGUGGAGUAAGCUGGCGACGUGGGCUGUGAAGAACAACGUCUACUCCGAGCAUGUGCGAUGGGUGGUGCAGGUGCCGAGACUUUACGACAUCUACCGAGCAAACAAGCUGCUGAAGAAUUUCCAAGAGUUCCUGAACAACCUGUUCAACCCCCUAUUCGAGGUCUCCAUCGACCCGAGCUCUAACAAGGAUUUGCACAAGUUCCUCAAGUACGUGAUAGCGUUCGACAGCGUGGACGACGAGUCGAAGUCGGAGAACCCCGUGAUGUCCAGCGACGUGCGGCGGCCGGCCGAGUGGACCAACGAGGAGAACCCCCCCUACGUGUACUACCUCUACUACAUGUACUGCAACAUGGUGGUGCUCAAUCAGCUGCGCAGAUCUCAAGGUUUGAACACAUUCGUGCUCCGGCCGCAUUGCGGUGAAUCCGGUCCUUCCUCUCAUCUCGCUGCCGGAUUUUUACUGGCUGAUAACAUCUCCCACGGACUUAUGUUGAGAAAGGUGCCGGUGCUCCAGUACUUGUACUACCUGGCCCAGAUCUUCAUCGCCAUGUCUCCGCUGAGCAACAACACUCUGUUCCUCAACUACCACCUGAACCCGCUGCCUGAUUUCUUCGCCCGUGGUCUACGCGUCACGCUGUCUACCGAUGAUCCAUUGCAGUUCCACUACACCAAGGAACCCCUAAUGGAAGAGUACAGCAUCGCAGCGCAAGCGUGGAAACUGUCUUCCUGUGACAUGUGCGAGUUAGCUCGCAACUCCGUCAUCAUGUCCGGUUUCCCGCACGAGCAGAAGCAAAUCUGGCUCGGCGCUGACUACUUACUGGGCGGCCCGGCCGGCAACGACAUCACCAGGACUAAUGUGCCUAACGUGCGGCUGGCGUAUAGGAGGGAUGCGCUAAGAGCUGAACUGGACAUACUCAGGAGCUGACAACUGGGCCAAGCAAGAAAAGGUGUAGACGGCAAUGCGAGGAACACAACUUUUGACGUCGUAACUUUGUUAGGGGUGGUUAGUACCUUAAAUUCAAAGUCCCUGGCCGUACCCCUAAAGCCGGGGGAAUCAACUUUUAUUCGAUCAUAAUCAUCCUGUCGCUAAGAUGCAGUUUCCAUGAUUUAGGCGAAAAACGGAAAAAUGAGUCUUCAAAUUCCCCUCUCCGCGCCGGCUCAAGGGGUAGGGCUGGGGACUUUUGAUAUUUUUAGCUCCUAACUAGUCUAAACAAAGUUAUGCAGGCAACAAUAGGCUAGUUUCCUAUACUUAAAAUAAAAUAUUUUAUGCAGUGCCCGAAAUAAAGCACCACAUAAUUCGAA